CUUGGAAUUGAUAUUGCGUCAUCGAGGAACGCUUCAACCGCGAUCGUUCAUGAUGUCGUUUUCCAAGAGUGGCUCGCCUACGAUUAAUGCAACCACAGGUGACAAGGUGCUCCCUCUGCGAUUCUGGUAUUCAAACGAUGUACUUUCAAAGUUGGCCUUGUACUUUGCUUCCCAGUUUGAAGAUGUCUUGGAUCCCGAGAAGCUUAUCGGCAACUGGCACCUGAUAAUUGGGAGGGCGCUACAAGCGGAAUGUCAGUGCUCCAUCACACCAACAAAAGCGCUAGCGGCCAUCGGACCGCAGACACAUGUAUUAGACAGCGGGCAAGAUGGAUAUUCACAUAGCUUGCUUGACGGUUGCCAGGGCGCCGAAGUCUUACGUCCCACACUUUACUAGGAUGCAGGUAUCUUUGAGAGCCUCGUGGCACACCCUGAUCGACCAACAAAACUAGCGCAGCGGUUUGAAACAGACAACCCAGGACUA